AUGUUGUGUUUGUAUUUCGUCUAUACCUUGCUUCCAUUGUCCCUUGGAUUUUUUACGAGUCAUUUUCCCAAUUCAUUAGUCAAGAAGUCUGAUUUUGUAUACGAAACGAAGUUUUUUCGAACAAAAGUUGAUCAUUUUUCAUUUGUUAAUGAUGAGAAUUUCAAUGUUAAGUACUUAAUUAAUAACAAAUCGUUUUCUCCCGGUGGUCCGAUUUUUUUCUAUACCGGUAAUGAGGGUGCUAUAGAGACAUUUGCCGAAAAUUCUGGUUUCAUUUGGAAACUAGCUCAGGAGCUGAAUGCCUCAGUUGUUUUCGCUGAACAUCGAUAUUAUGGCGAAUCGCUGCCUUUUGGUAAUUCAUCUUUCAAGGAUCGCAGUCAUUUUGGCUACCUGACUGCAGAACAAGCGUUAGCUGACUUUGUGCUUCUAAUCAAUCAGUUGAAGACUAAUUAUUCAUGCUUUGCCUCAUCACCUGUCAUUGCGUUUGGGGGGUCGUAUGGUGGCAUGCUAGCUGCAUGGAUCAGGCAAAAGUACCCUAAUGAGAUUGCAGGAGCUAUUGCAUCUUCUGCACCUGUUUGGUUGUUUCCUGGUUUAUCUGAUUGCAAUGGGUUCAGCUUAGUGGCAACCAAUAGCUUCUUAAAAUAUGGUGGAGAAAAUUGUGUCAAAAAUAUCCAACACUCUUGGAGCAAUAUCGCAAACGUGGGCCAAAGUCCUGAUGGAAAGGAAUUAUUGUCCCACAUGUUCAACACUUGCACACCUUUAACUAACGUUCAAAACUUGAUAGAUUACCUUGCUGACACUUUGGGUAUGAUAGCAAUGGUCAAUUAUCCCUAUCCAGCUAAUUUCCUAGGUAGUUUACCUGCUUGGCCAGUCAAGUACAUGUGCUCUAGCCUAUCUGCAUACGAUCCUCAACAACCUGUAGAAACUAGUAUUUCAUUGUUUGCCAAAGCUCUGUAUAGUUUAACAAACUACUCUGGUAAUCAAAACUGUCUGAAUAUUUCGAACAGUAUAGCUGGUCUAGAUGCUUCUGGAUGGGAAAUACAAACCUGUAUGGAGAUGACAACGCCAAUAUGUGCAUCCGGUCCUGUGAACAUAAUGCCUCCAUUAAACUGGGAUCUCAAAGCCUUUUCAGCUUAUUGUCAAAGUCGUUAUGGUGUCAGUCCACGCGUCAAUUGGUCGACAGUUGAAUUUUGGAGUAAAUCAGUGUCUACCACUACCAAUGUUGUAUUCAGCAAUGGUGAAAUUGAUCCAUGGUUCGCAUUUUCUAUUACAAAUAAUAGUCAUGUCCCCUUAGCUACUGUUAUCAAUAUAGCUGAUGCUGCUCAUCACUUAGACUUGAGAUCUUCUAAUCCUGCUGAUCCUGAAAGUGUUGUGAAAGCAAGGGAUAUUGAAAAACAGAAGAUAAUUCAAUGGAUAAAAGAGUGGAAAGUUAGAGGCUCCACACUGAAAUUUUUCUCUGAAGUUUUAAAAUUUAACUCUUUAUUAGAUUACUUUGCAUAA